AUGGCGUCAACUAUCUCUACUCCAGAACCCAAAGGCGAGCUGGCCCAACCUGAAGCAACGGUGGACCACGGCGAAGCGACAAAACUCAAAGAAAAGCAAGCCCAUUCGGAAAAUCCACCAGCGCGAACUUUUCAUUACGAACUUUCUUACGACCUUCAAUACAAAGUGCUCCGCUCACUCGACUACUCUACCGCAACUUUACUGACAUCCACUAAUCGGUAUUUCCACAAUGUACUUUAUCCAAAGCUAGAGUAUGCGAUUCCCGUCCCCGAACGACUGGAAGGAUGCAAAAAAGUCGACCAAAACACUCGAAGCUCACAGCGAGCACACGCACAGACGUUGCAUAAAUCGCGCCGCUGUUGGACCUGUGCCAUCGAGAACAACUACUACGCGGACCUUCGACCUGUCAAGAAGGAUAGAGUUUUGUACUACCCUUGCCAUGACUGUGGACUUCUUGGCACAGAGUUCAACAGGUGUCGGGGCGAGCACGUAUCCCGCAACGUCGUCAACAGACAGUGCUCCAAAGACAAGCAACUCUCGCCUUUUGAACGUUUUUCCACGGGAAUUCUCCGGCAAACUAUUGGUUACUUGGACUGCCUCGACACCAUACAUCUACACAUGGCUAGUUGCUCGACUAUGCAUCAAGUCAAGCUUGAUUGGGUAGCCAUCCAUAAGCGCUUUGCCUUAGUUUUGACGAAAGAAGCGCCUCUGAUUGAGUUGGUAUACCCAGAGAUUUUCAAACUCAAGGACGAAAGUGCCAGCCCGGUUGCGAGGGAGAUGCCUAGACAGGAACACCCGUACCCUUGCUAUAGCUGCUUCAAGGUCAAGACAGCCGCCAAAUUUUCCAGCAAGACUCUACAGUUUGCGCAGGAAGAGCCGAAUCGCUUCUGGCAGCGCCGGUGCAAAGAUUGCUGCACGCUCGCGGCUGACGACCAGGGGAUAUUGACUCUGUGGCUCCGGCAUCGCCUUUGCUCCGACUGCGGGUUGGUGAGGGUCAGGGGAGAAGCUUGCCUCGGUUGCUCAGAGGCAUAG